AUGAGAGGAUUUACUGCUACAGAUGCUCAAGAAGUCUCGCCGCUGUUGUCGGUGAUGACUGGAGUUACCUUUGAUGUUGGUUCUCCGGGUGAGGAGAUUUGUACCUCGCUCGUCGGCCUGCAUACUGUGAUUGAUCGCCGUCCUGAACCUCCUUGUGGCGUUCCUCCAGCGAUGCCGAACUGCGUGAGAUUGGGGCUUGAUGGACAUGACAAGGUUUCGCCGAAGUUCUUGUUGACCAUUGCCCUGCAGACGGUGGACCAGAUGCUCAAGAACGAAGGUACGUUAUUCAGCCCCGAACAGAUCCAGCUACUGAGCACAGAAAAGCGUCCAACCGUGUGCCUAGACCUCAAAGGUGCGGACAAGUACCCUGACGCUGAGAAGGCUGCUGAUGAAGCUGAGCGAGUCAAAAUGGCUCAAAGCGUCUUCUUGUGCUUGAUCAAGGGUAGUCGAAUGAAAAAUAAAUUCAGAGAUAGUUUAGACAUAAAGUCAGAUGUCUUUGACGUGUUGAAGAAACCGUGGGCGACCAUGUCUGAGUUCCGCGGGGCGCUAGUUAAGGUCUACAGCGCAUGCGAGCCCUCGGGUGACUAUGGGCAUCUGUCGCCCGAUGCUGAUGCAGAGCCGUAA